AUGGCGAAAACUCCAUUCGUUCAGAAAACCCUGAAGUGCCGUGCUCUUCUCUCGAAAAGCGACCGCUCUUUUCAGCAGAAUCAGGAAUACCAGAUGUAUCUGCGACGGCUACAACAUCCAGCUCCAUGUUUUACUCGAGCAUUGACAGCGAGCCGCUGUCGCGAAUUUCUGGCACAGAAUCUAAAUUUGAGGCACAUUCCGCAAGCCGUCGUGGUUCCAUGCUGGAUUCCACCAAAGACUUCAAUAAGACUAUGUUGGACGUUAUAG